UUUCCCUUUGGGCUUUUGCACAAGGGAAAGCGUUAGAGGCCGAAAAGUCACGCCCACCAAUCGUUGACCAGCUUUCGCUAGGUCCAACCGGAGCCAUGGCGGCGAAGCAUCCAGACCUGCAUCUCGCCGCCGUCCUCCCGUCCGUCGCAUCUGCGGCGGCGGACGAGUCCUGCGCGUAGUCCGCGCCCAUCAUCCACCUCGCGCUUCCUCGACCCGAGCAGCCCUGCCUUCUUCCAUCUUCCUCGUCUGCUCUGCUUUGCUCUGCCCUCGCUAACUCGUCGGCGGUGAGCGCCGGCGCAGGGUGCGCUCGAGCGCCGCCCCCGCCCCAUACCCUCCACCGCCAGGGAGGAUUUACCCCUGCGGCCCUGCUGUAGUUGCCACUUCCCAAGUCCAAUCCAGGAUCUAUUCUUCGGUAGGGGAACUCUCUCUUGCAUGCAUUUUUUAGGGGAAAUCUCUUACUCCGUACAUGCUUUAACUCUGCAUCUUUAUGCACUGGGGGGCGAGAUACAGCUAAAGAUGAAGCUGAGUCCGAUUAGUGCUUCGUUUGGUGCCAUGGGAUCUCUUCCACAGAAGCUCGACGAGCUCCUGUCGACCGGACACUGGGCUCUGAGUGGGGUUGUGAUGGAUGAGAUUGAGGAACUCACAGCCGAUCUUCACAUACUGUGCAACCUUCUUCUGAAGCUCUCAAAUGUGCAUGACCCUCCUCCGACGGUGAGGUUCUGGAUGAAGGAAGUGCGCGAGCUGUCCUAUGAUGUGGAAGACUGUGCCGACCAAUUCGUCAUUGCUAAUGACCGUGCAGUGAUGCGAAGAGCCAAGAUCCAUAGAGCUACUAUCCGUACGAUUAUUAUUACUCGGUUAAAGAUUAGUCGCCUUCCGAAGAGGCGGAAGUGGCGCUUAUGGAUGACUGACAAGGUCGCGGAGUUCAGGACUCGAGUGCAGGACGCGACUCAGCGUUACUGGAGAUAUAAGUUUGAUGAUUGUGCUUCCAAUCCUGGAUACGCUAGUGUUGGCCAUGAGUUUGCAACUGUGUAUGCACAGCCUGGCGAUCUUGUUGGCAUAGAAGGUCCUAUGGAUGAGCUUGAGCAGUGGUUGACCGAUGGAGAGGAGCAGCUGAAGGUGAUUUCCAUUGUUGGUCUCGGAGGAGUCGGUAAGACCACACUUGCCCAAAAAUUGUGGGCUACACUCAAAGGACAAUUCUUGUGCAGAGCAUUUGUGCGGACAGCUCAGAAGCCUGAUAUGAGAGGUAUUCUCAGGAACAUACUCUUGCAAGUUCGUCCGCACCAACUCCCUAACCGUGGCGAGAUGCACCACCUGAUUCAUGAUCUCAGGGAAUAUCUACAGGACAAGAGGUACUUUGUUAUAAUUGAUGACUUGUGGGCUGCAUCAGUAUGGGAUGUUGUUAGUCGUGCUUUUCCAGAGGGCAAUUGUUGUAGCAGAAUAGUGACUACAACUGAAAUUAUGGAAGUGGCUCUGGCAUGCUGUGAUUAUUGCCCUAAGCAUAUCUGUAAGUUGGAAACUCUUAGUGACGAUGACUCUGAAAAAUUAUUGCUGGAAAGAAUUGUUGUCUCAGGAAAUCAAAUUCCUCAACAGCUCGAUGAUGUUUUACCACAGAUUAUGAGAAAUUGUGGUGGCUUGCCACUAGCAAUCAUCAUUGUAGCCAGCCUUUUAGUAAGCCAACCUGAGAAAUUGGAGCAAUGGGGCCACACACAGAAUUCUUUUGGUUCUAUUUUUGGGACAAAUCCUACCAUGGAAGGGUUUAUCAGACAAAUAUUGAGCAUUAGCUUCAAUAGUCUUCCAUAUUAUCUGAAGACCUGCCUGCUUUAUCUUAGUUCAUAUCCAGAGGGAUGCCUAUUCUUGAAAGAUGAUUUGGUGAAGCUAUGGGUAGCUGAGGGUUUUAUACAUGCAAAAGAAUGGGAAGACAUGGAGGAUCUCGCCGGGCGCUAUUUUGAUGAGCUUGUCAAUGUGGGUCUGAUACAAGUUAUGGAUAUCAACUAUAAUUAUAAGUUGCCAUCUUAUUCAGUGCACCACAUGGUACUUGAUUUCAUUACAUGCAAGUCCAUUGAAGAGAACUUCAUCACUGUAGUGGAUUAUUCUGAAACAACAACACCGCUUACUGAUAAAGUUCGUCGAUUGUCGCUUCACUUUGGCAGUGCAACACAUGCAACUACACCAGCAAGUGCCAGAUUAUCGAAUGUUCGAUCACUCUUCUAUUUUGGACUGUUUAACUGCAUGCCCUCAUUCAUGGUGUUUAAGCUUCUCCGGGUUUUAAUCCUUAAUUUUUGGGGUGAUCCUGGAAAUACGAGUUUCAACCUUACAGGAAUUUGUGAACUGGUUUGGUUGAGAUAUCUGCAGGUCUCAUGUAAUGUCACCGUAAAGCUACCAGAUCAGAUUGAAUCGAUGGGACACUUGGAAACACUGGAAAUAAAGGCAAAAGUAUAUGCUGUUCCACUGGACAUUGUUCGACUUUCGAGCUUGUCACAUCUCCAUCUUCGAGGCGGGACAAUACCUAAUGGGAUUGGGUGCAUGAGAUCUCUACGUACACUCAAGUAUUUUGACCUCGUCAAUAAGUCUGUAGACAAUUUACGGGGCCUUGGCGAGCUAGCAAACCUGCGGGAUCUCCAUCUCACAUAUUCAUCAUCCCUGCCUAGUGAACAUUUGAAGAGAAAUCUGAUAGCUCUGGCCUCUUCACUUGGGAAACUUUGUAACCUCAAAUCUCUCACUUUGGCUUCUGAAACUGCUGCCACAGUUGUUCCCUUUGAUGGCUCUAUUAGCAUGUCUUCUACUCCCGCCUUUCUCGAGAGACUUGAGUUGUUACCAUCCAUUUGCAUCUUUUCCAGACUGCCCAAGUGGAUCUUUCAGUUCCAAAAACUCUGCAUUUUGAAAGUUGCUGUUAGAGAACUGCUGGCGAAUGAUAUUGAUAGCAUCACAGGAUUACCAUCCCUCACAGUUCUCUCAUUAUGUGUCCAUACAGCUCCUGGCCAAAGGAUCGUCUUCAACGACGGGGCUUUCCCAGUUCUCAAGUAUUUCAAGUUUAGGUGUGGUGUCCUUUCCAUGUCUUUCAUGGCUGGGGCCAUGCCCAAUCUUCGUAGGCUCAAGUUAGGUUUCAACACCCACGUCGGGGAGAAGUACGGCAAUAUGCUUGCCGGAAUUGAGCACCUUUUAAAUCUCCAGGACAUUGCUGGAAAAAUUGGGGUUGCCACCGAAUCUGACAGGAAGGCUGCAGAGUCUGCGAUCAAGGGCGCCAUUAGCAAGCAUCCACAGAGUCCUAUGCUUAACGUACAAUGGGUGGAUCUGGUUGAGGAAGAAUAUCAUGCUUCAGAGAAACAGCAUGGGAGGCAAGAAAAAGGCUUAUCAGGUGAAAACCACGCGGUUUUAGAGAAAGCUAAAGAUACGAAGAAACAUGCUGAUAGCGGGGUGUCUCAACUUCCCGAUCUUCCAUCAACUGUUUCUUCAAGUCGCCUGAAGUCAGAAAACAUAGCUCAAGCUAGUAAACAUCAUGUCCUGGAGAGCAUGUUAUGUGAUGAAAGCGCCCAGCCAGAAAGUCUUGAGGUAUCAGUCUUGGAGGACAUCACGAACAAUUUCUCUGAUGAUCAAGAGAUCAGUAAAAAUAGGUUCGUAGUAGUUUACAAGGGAGAGCUUCAAAAUGGGAGUGUUGUUGUUGUCAAGAGGUUUACAAUUGCAAUUGAUUACAACCUAUUUCUCGAUGCGGUUGACUGCCUGAUGAGUGUUAAGCACAACAACAUAGUGCGAUUUCUAGGUUACUGUGCUAACUCACAAGAGAAUGCGGCAAAGGAAGGAAGCAAAAGUGUGUCUGUAGUGACGCAAGAGAGGUUGUGCUGCUUCGAGUAUCUACGCAAUGGAAAUCUUCAGAUGCAUCUUACUGAUGAAUCUUGUGGAUUUGACUGGCAAAUGUGGUAUCAAAUAAUUGAAGGAAUUUGUCAGGGUGUGCAUUAUCUUCAUAACAAAAGUAUUACUCCUUUAGACCUCAAUCCAGCCAAUAUAAUGUUUGAUGACAAAAUGGUACCAAAAAUAGUGCAUUAUGCUUAUACAAGAUUCUUGGGUGAAGCCACAAGUCCUGUCCUUACAAAUAUCGGCGACUCAUUGGCAUACAUGGCACCAGAAUACUUCGGUUUUGGAGAAAUCACAUCCAAGUCUGACAUAUACAGUUUGGGGGUUAUAAUUAUGCAGAUAGUGACUGGAGAAAAUAAAAAGGACUUCCCAAGCAUACAAAGUGUACUUGAAAGUUGGAGAAGUAGGUUGGAAUCAGAUGGAUCGCAGGGGCACACAUCACUGGAAACAUGUUACCUUCAAGUAAAUUUAUGCUAUCUGAUAGGGAUAAGAUGCAUAGAGCAUGACCCGGGAAAAAGACCCAAUACACGGGAUAUCAUCGAUAGCCUUGAUACAUUGGAAAUUAUGGAAUGUUUAGUUAAACAUGACGUAGGUAAUUCAUCUCUAGAACAGAUGUUGGUCUGUUCUAAAGUUGAAGAACCAAAAGCAUUACCAGCUCCCCCAUCAGUGUCUUGUAAGUUGAAAAUGGCGAUGAUGGUGGAUCCUCCUAAUGGCACGGGAAACCAUGGGAAGCACUACUACACGAUGUGGCAAACCAUGUUUGAGAUCGACACCAAGUACAUGCCGAUCAAGCCCAUCGGAAGAGGAGCUUAUGGGAUAGUUUGCUCCUCUACAAAUCAGGAGAACAACGAGAAGGUUGCGAUAAAAAAGAUAAACAAUGUCUUUGACAACCGCGUGGAUGCACUGAGGACGCUGCGGGAGUUGAAACUCCUUCGGCACUUGCGUCAUGAGAAUGUUAUUGCUUUGAAGGACAUAAUGAUGCCUGUACAUAGGAGGAGCUUCAAGGAUGUUUACUUGGUCUUUGAACUUAUGGAUACUGAUCUGCAUCAGAUAAUCAAGUCAUCUCAACCGCUUUCCAAUGACCACUGCCAAUAUUUCCUUUUUCAGCUACUCCGAGGUCUGAAGUACCUUCAUUCAGCAGGGAUACUCCAUAGAGACCUGAAGCCAGGGAACCUUCUGGUUAAUGCAAACUGUGAUCUGAAAAUCUGUGAUUUUGGUCUGGCUCGCACAAAUAACACCAAAGGUCAGUUUAUGACUGAAUAUGUUGUAACCUGCUUGUACAGAGCUCCUGAGCUGCUGCUCUGUUGCGACAACUAUGGCACGUCCAUAGAUGUCUGGUCUGUUGGCUGCAUCUUUGCUGAGCUACUUGGCCGCAAGCCGAUUUUCCCAAGAACCCAGUGCCUCGAUCAGCUUAAGCUUAUAGUUAAUGUCCUUGGCACCAUGAGUGAGAAUGACCUUGAGUUCAUUGACAACCCGAAAGCUCGCAAGUACAUCAAAUCCCUUCCAUACACCCCAGGCACUCCCCUCACUAGUAUGUACCCACAAGCACAUCCUCUUGCCAUUGAUCUGUUGCAGAAGAUGCUUGUCUUCGAUCCUUCCAAAAGGAUUAGUGUCACUGAGGCUCUGGAGCACCCCUACAUGUCUCCUCUGUAUGACCCAAGUGCGAACCCUCCUGCUCAGGUGCCCAUCGAUCUUGAUAUAGACGAAAACCUCGGCGUGGAGAUGAUCAGAGAAAUGUUGUGGCAGGAGAUGCUACAGUACCACCCUGAGGCUGCCAGAAUGGUGAAUAUGUGACAAGCAGUAAUGAACAUGUGAAAGCAGCGUGCCACACCAGGGUCUUGACAUGUUCGGCUUUUGGAUAAAGCUUACUGCGAUUAUCGCACCUAUCAAGUUGUUGCAAUGCAUGUCCAGUGAUCUGUUUCGUAAAUAUAUGUGUACAAUAAGGUAGUAUGUGGAAUUUUCCUGCCAUGACUACUUGUAGUAUAUAUGUUGUAACUGUGUACUGUGUUGUAGAAGCGGAAUUCGGGUAUUAUGAGUUCAGUUAUGAAGGCCGGUGUAAGUUGUAAUCUUAGACGCUGCUCUACAUGUAUGGAGGUCUGAACUAUUAAGUGGCAUUGAUCCCAUCUAUUUGCUUCAUGGUGAUUUGCCUUUAAAUC